GUCACAUGACCACGGGAAGGUAGACGGGGGCCUGAUGUGGAGCUGCUGGGCCGGGACCCUGCUCCGGGGGCGGGGGCGCUGCCUCGCCGGGGUCCUGGGCCGGAGGCCGUUGGUCUGCGAGCGCCCCCGGUGCUGGAGCUGCGGGACCCCCGGAGGCCCCCAGGGGAGGGACCGGCUCUUCUGCCCGCAGUGCCGCGCGCUGCAGCCUCCCGACCCCGCGCGGGACUAUUUCAGCCUCCUGGACUGCAACCGAUCCUUCAGAGUCGACACUGUGAAACUCCAGCAGAAAUACCAGCAACUGCAGCGUCUUGUCCACCCAGAUUUCUUCAUGCAGAGACCUCAGACUGAAAAGGACUUCUCAGAGAAGCAUUCGACACUGCUGAAUGAUGCCUAUAAGACCCUUCUGGCCCCCCUGAGCAGGGGACUUUACCUUCUAAAACUCCAGGGAGUCGAGAUUCCAGAAGGCACCGAUCAUGAGGUCGACCAGCAAUUCCUCAUGGAGAUAAUGGAAAUCAGUGAGAAGCUCGAGGAAGCCCCGAGUGUAGUCGGCAUGGAAGAGAUCGAGUCUGCUGUCAGAGCUAAACAGAAAGAAUUGACCGACAGUGUGAGCAGAGCUUUUGAACAAGGUGAUUUUGAAAAAGCCAAGACAAUUUUAACAAAGAUGAAAUACUUUGCAAAUGUAGAAGAAAAGAUCAAGUUAAAGAAGAUACCCAUCUAACUGUUGCUAAGUUGUUUUUUUUAAUAAACAUCCUGUUUAUUUCUUCCCUGA